GCCCACCUCUUUUACUCAUUACUGAGUUUGCAGAGAUUGUGGUACCACGGUGAAAGGCCGUUAAUGUGCUUAGGUUUUGCUUUGCUUCCGGUCAAAUCAUGAAGCUUACAGACAGCAAUGUCAUUCGGUUUCACCUUCAAGUCCUUUAUGGGAUCUCUGUCAAGAGUCUUGAGAAGAAAAGGGAGAGACUGACGAUCAGCGGUUCAAAGAUCUUUGGUGUUCCUCUGGAAAAUUUGCCCAGGUGUUACAUUCCUGAAUUUGGGCUUGUACCUUGCUUUUUGGUGGACGCUUGUUCGUUCCUUCUGGAGCGUGGUGGGACUGUGGGCCUCUUCAGAAAACCAGGCUGUCUUGCUCGUAUUAAGACUCUCAGGGCCAAACUGAAUCGAGGAGAGAGUUGUCUGUCCACUGCCCUCCCCUAUGAUGUGGCCACUCUGAUCAAACAGUUUUGCAGGGAGCUGCCAGAGCCGCUGUUUCCCUCGGAGCUUCAAGCAGCUCUGCUCAAAGCUCAGUCUCUGCCCAACCUACAGGACAGGAUGGCAGCCCUCCAGCUGCUGUCCUGUCUCCUGCCUGCAAGAAACGCCUCCUGCCUGCAUUACUUGUUCGACUACUUAGCAAAAGUUUCCCAGAGAUGCAGCGAGAACUUGAUGACCAGCUCCAACCUGGCUAUAGUCUUCGCUCCGUGUCUAUUACCACCGCCAAACACGACAGAGAUGUCUGAAGGACGGCUUGAGCUCAGAGUUCUUGUUCUGCACACCUUCAUUGAAAAUCCUCAUUUGUUUGGUGUGAUUCCCAAAACUGUAAUCGAUAGUAUGGAAUAUCUGAUGAACUUCCAUUUUGUGAAAGAUGUUGGCUCCAAGAGUAGAAGUAAAAAGCGGCACAGUUUCAAAGGAAUGCGCUCUGUAAAGACGGUGCCCUUGAUUCAGGGAGGGUCAAAGCUCAGGCCCUCAGAGCAGAGCCAUGGGUCCACAUCAGGAGACAGACCAACGCUGAGGAGAAGCCUUGGCCUGGAUGCUUUCCCCAACAUCCUUUUGUUUAGGACCUACAUGCCUUCAGCAGAUCAAAGCUUCAGGCCUGCAGCAGCUUUGUUGGAUGAUGUCAUUGCAGCUGAAAAAAAGUUAAACAAGAUGCCACAAGAUGGUCUGAAAAGGUUCACCAGAGGUGUCGAUGGCUCUCCUCCAGGAAAACUAAAGCUCACGCUUUGGAGAAGACGCUCGUCACUAAGCUUUAUUUUGAAGAUCCGGAAAUGUGCGUUUUUUUGUGGACGACUUGACGGAGUUUUCCCGCAGCAGGCAGGAUUCUCCUUAAACGCAAACAAGAUAACGAAAAUGGGCUCGGCGGUGCGGUUAUCGUUACUCAGCCUCCUGCUGUGCCUACAGCUCGGCAGAGCUUCAGCCCGCAGUCCCCGUACGGCUGACCAGGUGUCUGAGGCCGACAUCCAGCGCCUCCUGCACGGUGUCAUGGAGCAGCUGGGCAUUGCUCGGCCCAGGGUGGAGUAUCCUGCACACCAGGCUACCAACAUUGUUGGGCCUCAGAGCAUACAGGGUGGUGCCCAUGAGGGACUGCAGCAUCUAGGCCCCUAUGGAAACAUCCCCAACAUUGUGGCAGAGCUCACAGGCGACAAUGUUCCCAAAGACUUCAGUGAUGACCACAGCUACCCAGACCCACCAAACCCCUGUCCCCUGGGAAAGACGGCAGCAGAUGGAUGUUUGGAAAAUGCUCCUGACACAGCUGAGUUCAGCAGAGAGUUUCAAAAACACCAGCACCUGUUUGACCCAGAACAUGAUUACCCUGCCCUGGCAAAGUGGAACAAGGAACUUUUGUACCAAAAACUGAAGGGUGGACCAAAGAGAAGAAAACGGAGUGUCAACCCAUAUUUAUUGGGCCAGAGGUUGGACAAUGUCGUUGCCAAAAAAUCAGUUCCUCACUUCUCAGAGGAAGACGGACCAUCUGUCCCCACUGCCAGCAAAUCCACAACCUAAACUCCUGCAAUACCCACUGCAAUAUUACAACACACUGUCAGAUAAAAGGUUUUAACAAUGCACAUUUAAGCAUUUUGGUUAACAGUCAGUGGGUCUUUGUGUGUGUUUUGUAAAUGCUUUGUUUGAUUGUAUUGCAAAAACAUGGAAUCUGUCACCCUGAAAGAAAAUUUCAAGUUGUCUUUUGGUAAAAAAAAAAAGAAAAAAAAAGUUAUUUCUUGAUCUCAGAGCUUUACAAACAGCAAUUACAAUGGACCUUGUUCUUUUCUUUUUUUUAAAGAUUGAUAACUCUGAAUUUUCCAGGUCAAGCUGUUUUUGGUCGGUAGUUUGAAAUCUUGCCUUGGCAAUAAAAUAGGUUUUCCUUGAAACAACUGUCUCUUAGCAGAAAUGCUCACAAGUGAGAUAUAGGAAUGAAAAAAGAUCAGCCUGUCAUCAUAUCUGUUAUACUGUAUUUAUUAAAACACUGAAGAUCUGGGCUCUUCAUAGGGGGGGGGAAAGAGAUCUCAGUUCAUUUACACCAACUGUUUGCUUCUUUUCUUAUUUUUAAGAGAUGUAACACACUACCACAUUGCCAGAGAAUUAACCCUAAAUCAACCCCAAAAUAAUAGAAUAUAUGCUGUUAAAUACUAAUCUGACAGUGUACAAUAUCCCUGUAUCAUAACAAUACUUUGUAUAAAUAUAUAAUGAUCUGAACGAAUGUUAUAUCAAAGUUUUUCUUGGAUGUACAGAGAUUGGUUUAUUAAUACAAAUUCAUUUUGUAUGUGACGAAUUACUUUGGUGUCUUGUGUAAGAAGUGUAUUUCUAUUUCCAAUCAAAUACUUGCAAGUAAUUCUGGUAAAAGUCUUACUUUGCCAUUCAAAAGUAUGAUGGUGAAAUACUUCAUUGUAGCAUGUUCAGUAUUUAUUCACUGGGUUGCUUCAUCUUGUCUAAAUGGUUGUGUUCUGUUUUGUUCUGUUAAAUC